UGCAGUGUGGGAUACUUUGAGUGCACUAUAUAGGGUGUAAAUAAUCCUCACGAAGGUUUUGGACAGCACUACAAAAUGGCGUCCUCACUAUAUAGUGCCCUAUAUAGUGAGUAGGGAGCGAUUUCGGACACAGGGUCGGUCAGGGAGAUAAGACGUAAAGCCCGCCCACACAGAACAGUGAUUGGUUAGCAUCGCAAAUCGGAGCAAUCAGGAUGCGCGCUCUCUUGCUCUUUCUCUCCCUGCGUCCAUACAUUCUGGGAUUAAGGAAACGCCUGCAAUUUCCGGGAGAGUUGCGAUGUCUGUAUAGAUGAACUACAGCGCAUGCGUGAGCAGCUACGUACUAUGACUGACGGGAAACCCACGCAGACACGGGGAGAACAUGCAAACUCCACACAGAAAGGCCCUCGCCGGCUGCUGGGCUCGAACCCAGAACCUUCUUGCUUGAUGGCAGAUACCAGGACCUUCGCAGAUGUGAGGAAUACAAUUCUUUCAGCCCAUGAAAAUACCGAGACCAAGGAGAAGGUUGCGUUCUACAACACCUGGGCUGAGAGCUAUGAACAGGAUACUGCAAUAUUAGACUACCGUGCUCCUUUUUUAGCUGCAGAAUGCGUUGCUUCACACUUCACCAGCGAGAAAGAGAGAGCCAUUAUUCUGGAUGUGGCGUGUGGGACAGGGCUGGUCUCUAGACAUCUGAAGAAAAUGGGGUUUCGUCACUUUGUGGGAGUGGAUGGAAGCGAGGGAAUGUUAAAUCUGGCUAAAAAACCAGGCCUUUUUCAGGAGGUUAAGCAGUGCAUGCUGGGUCAGGAUCCCUUGCCUGUGCAAGAUGAGUCGUAUGAUGUUGUAGUAAUUGUGGGAGGUCUGAGUUUUGGGAAUGUACCAGUGCCUGUCAUCAAGGAGCUCUGGCAAGCCACCAAGCCAGGUGGCUUUGUGUGCAUGACCACAAGAGGGAACAUUGAUAAUCUUGAGUAUAAAGCAGAGCUGGAACGUGUGAUUCAGUCGAUGGAGGAAGAAAAGAAAUGGCAUCGUGUAUCUGUCACUGUAGUUGACGAGUGGGAAAAGGCAGUGUCUGAACUUGAGUCUGGGUACAUACCUGGAGUUAUUUAUCUCUAUCAGAGAACUUAGAUUUGUUUUAUUUUAUUACGAUUGAUAAAAUAUUAGAAAGUGUUAUAAAUUCUAUGGAAAGUUUUCAUUUAUAGAAACUUAUAUGGGGGAUGCAGUUGAGAAAGUUGUUCCUUCAAAUUUUCCAACACAGGAAGGCCUUCAAGACAAAGAGCUUUCUGGUUUCUCCGCAACAUUUAAAAGCAUUUUCGUUAAAUUGGAAAACUGAUAACCAUAAAGCUUCUUACUUCAGAUUAUGUACACAAUUAAUUAAUUUGCAAAAUCAACAUUUAAAAAGUAGAAGUGUUUUACUUUUGUCUGUUCCUUAAGAGCCCACACAAAAUUGCUUAAAAAUAUUUUAAGAUCUUUAUCCACAUAUUGAUCAGACUUUCAAUUGUUUUUUUCAUGAUUUAUUUUUUUUAAAUUACAUUUUUGUUGUAAAAUAUUAAUACAUCUGUCUUAGAGAUGGGAACAGUUUGACUUAA